AUGUGGGGGUCCAAGCUCUCAGCUGUGCUUUCUGCGCUCAGCUUAACACACUCUGCGGCUCCUGCGACCGAGCUUGAGCAGGUCGCCACCGAGAGCAACGUCAAGCAAGUCGCCAUCAUUGGGGCUGGCGCCGGUGGCUCGUCCACAGCAUACUACCUUCAAAAGUUUGCCGAGGCAGAGGGGUUUCCCGUGAACAUCACCGUGUUUGAGAGGACCGACCGUAUCGGUGGCCGCACCUUGACCAUAGACGCUUACAACAACCCGCUCGAGCCUGUUGAGCUGGGCGCCUCCAUCUUCAUAGAAGCCAAUCACAUCCUAUAUAAUGCCAGCGUCAACUUUGGACUGCCACUUAAAGAACCCGAAUCCGGCAGCGAUGGUUUCCUGGGCAUCUGGGAUGGAGAGAACUUUGUUUUCACCCAGGACGACAACUCCUGGCAGUGGUGGAAUCUGGCCAAGCUCUUCUGGAAGUAUGGCACAGCCCCUUACAAAGCGCAGAAGCUCGUCCAGUCGACGGUCGCGACCUUUCUGCAGCUCUACGAGAAGCCUCACUUUCCUUUCCGAUCUCUUACCCAGAGGGUCUUUGAGCUGGACCUCUUGAAGGCAACCUCGGUUACGGGAGAACAAUUUCUUGCCAACAACGAUAUUAGCGAGCUUUUUGCCCAUGAUAUCAUCCAGGCAGCAACCCGCGUCAACUAUGCGUCAAACCUGAAGCACAUCCACGGUCUUGAGACCAUGGUUUCCCUCGCGCCCGAGGGUGCUAGGCAGGUUAUCGGUGGAAACUGGCAGAUCUUUGCGACUAUGCUCCACAGAAGCAAUGCCACUGUACAACGGAACACAUCAGUGACCUCCAUUGCGCUGAAGCCUGGCCCUUCCAGCUCUAAGUACCUGCUCUCCACCAAGGGUGCUCACUCUGAAGCCGAUGCCGAGGCAGACCAAUACCCGAUCGCCUUCGACAAUGUUGUCAUUGCUACUCCUUGGCAAUAUGGCGACAUCAGCGUCUCGGAAAACCUGUUCCAGAAAAAGAUUGAUGAGAUCCCAUACAACAAGCUUCAUGUCACUCUGUUUGCUUCUCCCUUUCGUCUCAGCCCAGAGUACUUCGGUCUGGAAGCUGGUUCCAAGGCCCCGGAUUCGGUUCUGACAACGCUGAACCCCAGUGACGACCCGAAGCCCGGAUCCGAAGGCGCUGGGAAAGCGGGCUUCUACUCCGUUAGCACCUUGAGAACUGUCACGAACCCGAACACUCUGAAGGAUGAGUUCCUCUACAAGAUCUUCUCACCCGAAAAGGUCACCGCAGAGUUCUUGUCAAAGUUACUUGGCGUGGAGGUGCCAGAGUCCAUCGUCUCGGUACAGAAGACUGAGGAGGGAAGCACGCGCACGGAUCCUAUUCUGAGAGACGGCCUCUAUUAUCUGUCUGGUAUCGAAAGCUUCAUCUCCUGCAUGGAGACCAGCUCGUUGAUGGGAAUGAAUAUCGCCAGGUUGAUUGCCGAUGACUUCUCAGACCUCGAGGAGAAGCUAGAGAAGGUUGAGUCAGACAACGCACAGGAAGUUGUUGGCCAAGCUGAGAGGGAGGCGCCGGUUGCCGAUGAGUUGUAA